AUGGGGAACAAGGUGAAAAACUCGCCUAAUAUCAACUGGAAGAACUUCUUCAUAUGUUUUGCAAUCUCCAUCGGGAACAUCUCCUUUGGCUAUCCAGCAGCAAUUAUCGGCACAACGCUGUCUCAGCCUGGUUUUCUGGUCUAUAUGGGGUUGGAAACUGCGUCGGGGAAGGCAAAGAAUGCAGCUGCGUUGGAAGGAGCCAUGAACGGUGUUUUCCAGACGGGAGCUCUUUUUGGCAUAUUUUCAUCCGAGUGGGUUAUGGGGCGAUACGGUCGCAAGUUGGGAGUUCUGUAUGCUGCCGUGUUAUCCAUCAUCGGUGGAGCUUUCGUGACAGCCAGUCAGAACGUUGCAAUGUUCAUAGCAUUCCGAUUCGUCGCUGGCGCUGGGUCUGGGUUACUUCAAGUCUGUCCAGUUUACUGCUCUGAACUUUCACCACCAUUUCUACGUGGGUUCUUUGUAGGAGUAAAUGGUAUAUUGAUUGCAUCUGGUUAUGCACUGGCAUCUUACAUGGGGUUGGCCUUCAAUUCUAUAAAAGACAAUCCUGAAGCCCAAUGGAGAGGUCCUCUUGGGAUGGCACUGGUAUUUGCUGUCAUAAUGGUCGCAAUCCUUCCCUUCAUUCCCGAAUCCCCAAGAUGGCUUUUGAUGAACGGUCGUGCGGAAGAGGCGUGGAAAAUCAUCAAAGACAUUCAUGACAACCCUGCCGACCCAGAACACGAGUUUGCUCGGCGUGAGUUCUAUCAAAUUCGGAAACAGAUCGAAUUGGACCGAACACUCGACUGUUCGUGGACUCAGAUGUUUCGGAAACCUUCCUACCGCAAGCGUAGCCUUCUUGUCAUUGCAUAUGCCUUCCUUGGCGAAAGCACUGCGAUGUUGGUUAUUGCGAACUACAGCUCCGUCCUUUACUCAAGAUUCGGUUACAACUCACGUGAACAAAUUGCUCUUCAGACUGGAUACAAUACUGUCCCUAUCAUUGGAAACAUAAUUGGUGCUUUGGUUAUGGACAAAGUUGGCCGCCGACCACUUAUGCUCGGUAGUAUAGCUGGGUGCUUGGUCUUCGUCUCUGUAGAAACUGUCAUGAUGGCUUUGUACACAGGCACUAACCACAACUCUAACGGCACGUACAUGGGCGUCGCAGCCCUGUAUUGCUUCAUAUUCUUUUAUGCCGUUGGUGCCGAUGUUGCUGGCAUUGUCUUUUACGGCGAAAUAUUUCCUAACCACAUUCGCGCGAAGGGAUUUUCUAUGGCGGUCGGCACCAGAGCGUUGACCGAACUUGUCUACCUAGAAGCCGCAUCCACUGCCUUCGCCAAUAUCGGAUGGCGUUUCUUCCUGCUGUUCAUCUCUAUCAUGACCAUCGGCCUCGUCGUCAUGUACUUCGUGCUUCCAGAAACGAAACGUGUACCACUGGAAGAGGUUGCCGCAAUUUUUGGCGAUAAAGAUGAGGUUGUGUGUUAUCUGGAGCAAUUGAAUAUUGACCCUCAGACGCACAACUCUACAGGCAAUGAUGGGACAGUUAAUGGAAUUGUUACGGAUAGAGAGGGCAAACCAGGGGUACAAUUCAUCGAGUCAAUUAGACUCUAA